AUGGCCUUUCCUCGGCAGAUCAUCAUCAACGUCAAGGAUCGCCAGGAUCCAGUGUGGGUGCCCGAGAGACUGACCAGAAAAGUCCAACAUGAAGAUCCUUCCACUAUGAAUGCUGAUAGGCCUGAGGUGGAGUCUGACUCAGGCGGAACCUCGAUGGGGGAUCUUGUCAGUGUUUCCAAAGCCUCUUCCGAUUUCAGAGAAUACUGGGAAGAUCCAACAUCCAUCUAUUCGACCAGAAAAGACAACCAAGUGCUCAUCAUGAAAGAGGCCACCUAUACCACAAUCACCAGGAUACAGAAGAAGCUGCAGAGGAAGCAGCUACAUGAAUUGCCAAUCAGAAGGUUCCAGCAUGUGCUGGCACAGAUUUUUGCCUUGGAAGAUAUUAACCAUAACUCCCACCUACUAUACAAUGUGUCAUUGCAAUUGCAUUCCAUUUCUAAGAUUUGUCAGAGAUUUUCAGUUUUUGUUGAUAAUGAUGAAUUGUCAAAUCUCAUGAAGGAUUCUCCGAACUAUAUGUAUGAACAGAAAGCAUGUCAGAUAGCACUUACAGGACCCUCAUAGGCAGGAUCUGCAAGACUAGGACCACUCAUGCAACUGUACAAAAAGCUACAGAUUUCCUACGGACCAUUUCAUCCUACACUAAGUGACCAGGAGAAGUUUCCUUAUCUUUAUCAGGUGGCCCCCAAGGAUACAAACCUGCCCCUUGCCAUGGUCUCCUUGAUGCUUCAUUUCAGCUGGACAUGGGUGGAGCUGUUCAUCUCAGAUGAUGACCAAGGUUUUCAAUUUCUCUCUAACUUGAGAGUAGAAAUGCAAAGAUAUGGCAUCUGUUUAGCAUAUGUGAAUAUGGUCCCUGUAAAAGCACAUAUAUUUACAUUUCUUAUAAAUGUGCAUGAUCUAAUCUUCACAUCAUCCUCAAAUGCUGUUGUCAUUUAUGGUAACAUUAAACCUAUUCUGGAAAUGAGCUUUACAAAACGGGAAUGUUUAGGCACACGGAGAAUCUGGGUCACCACCUCACAGUGGGAUCUCCUCCCAUGUGAAGGAAACUUCAUCCCUUACUCAUUCCGUUGGUCUUUCACUUUCGUACACCGCCAUGGUGAGAUUUCUAGUUUAAAACCUUUUAUCCAGACAAUAAACUUUUCCAAAUAUACAGAAAACAUUAAUUCUGUAAGAUCAAGGUGGAUGGGUUUUAAUUGUUCUCUCUACAAAUCAUACUAUGAAACACUGAACAACUAUUUUUACAAUCCUUUACUGGAGUGGUUUUCAAGGCACAGCUUUGACAUGGCCAUGGAUGAAUUUUGCAACAUCUACAAUGCUGUGUAUGCUGUGGCCCAUGCCCUCCAUGAAAUGAUUCUUCAACAAAUAGAUUCUCAGAGGAGAGAAAAUGAGUUUAUGAAAUAUGGUUCAUACACUCAGAAAGGACAAGUAAGUGAUGAGUGUGAUGUUCUCAACAUUUGGAAUUUCCCCCAUGGAAUUGAUUUGAAGGUGAAAAUAAGACAGUUUUCCCCACAUUUUCCACAUGGUCAGCAGUUGUAUUUACCUGAAGACAUGCCAGAGUGGGACACAGGAAGUAGACAGAUCCUGCCUUCAAUGUGCAGUGUGCCAUGCAGUCCUGGGUUCAGGAAAUCCCAUCAGGAGGGACAAGCAGCCUGCUGCUUCGAGUGCUAUAGGUGCCCAAAAAAUGAGAUUUCCAAUGAGACCUCCGACAUGGAACAGUGUGUGAAGUGUCCAAGUGACCACUAUGCCAAUGUAGAGCAAACCCACUGCCUUCAGAAAUCUGUGAAAUAUCUGGCUUAUGAAGACCCCUUGGGGAUGACUCUUGCCUGCCUGGCACUAGGCUUCUCUGUACUCACAGUUCUUGUCCUUGGGGUGUUUUGGAAGUACCAAGACACUCCCCUCAUGAAAGCCAAUAACCGCACCCUCAGCUACAUCCUGCUCAUCUCCCUCAACUGCUGUUUUCUCAGCUCCUUGCUGUUCAUUGGACAUCCCAACACUGUAACCUGUAUCCUGCAGCAGAUCACAUUUGGAGUUCCCUUCACUGUGGCUGCCUCCACUAUCUUGGCCAAAACCGUUACUGUGCUCCCGGCCUUCAAGGUUACCACUCCAAGAAGAAGGAUGAGGGGGCUUCUGGUAUCAGGGGCACCUAACUUCAUAAUUCCCACCUGCACUCUGGUCCAAAUUCCUCUCUGUGCAGUGUGGCUAGGAACCUCUCUUCCCUUUAUUGACACAGAUGCACACUCUGAACAUGGACACAUCAUCAUCUUGUGCAACAAGGGCUCAGUCACUGUCUUCUACUGACUCCUUGGAUUCCUGGGAUCUCUGGCCAUAGUGAGCUUCACUGUGGCUUUCUUGGCCAGGAACCUGCCUGACACCUUCAAUGAAGCCAAGUUCCUGACCUUCAGCAUGCUGGUGUUCUGCAGUGUGUGGGUCACCUUCCUCCCUGUCUACCAAAGCAGCCAAGGGAAAUUCAUGGUGGCUGUGGAAGUCUUUUCAAUCAUGGCCUCCAGGGCUGGGUUAUUGGGUUACAUCUUUGUCCCCAAAUGCUACAUUAUUUUGCUACGACCAGAUAGAAAUUCACAUGUGAAAUCAAUUCUUGAAUGUAUAUAUUUACAUACAAUUUAA